UGUUUGGUUUCUGAGAAAAUGGAGAAAUGGAACAUGUUGGGGUCUUAAAGUUUUGUUUUUUUAGCUCUUUCUCUAUUGGGACAUGGAUUAUCGGACCUUAGGCUUAAAGUCAUGCUGGUUGUCGCCUCAAAUCUGAGGAAUUCUUCAUCUUGUAAUCUUAAUAGUUUGGUGAAAUUGUGCAUUAUAAUUAUUGUUAUUUAUAUUAUUUGAUGUUGCCGUCAUCCUGAGGUUAAACGAGCACAGAGGAACGACAAGGUUUUCAUUACCGUGCAAAUGCUAGAUUCUACGAAUGCAAGGGUCAAUCUUGAGCCAGAUGGGGUGUUUACUUUGUCUGCUAAUGCUGGAGCGGACAAUAAGUUAUAUGAGCUGAAGUUGAAUCAUUAUGAUAAGGUCAAGGUGGAGGUAAGAAUAAGAUGCUUCCCAAGAGUCCCAAAUCAUAUGUUUCAAUUUCAUCCUUUCAUUGUUGGUGAUGUUGAUGGGUGUUAAUUUAGGGAUUGAAUGAUAAUCGAGUAAAUUCCACUUCUUAUU